ACUCACCAAACCCUAAAAAGGUCACAAAGACAAUACUCAUUCUCAUUAGAAUUAGUUUCAGUGAGAAAGAGAAAGAGAAACAGAGAGCUUCUCUGUUUUGCUUCUUCAUUUCUCAGUCAUGUUCAAAUUCUUCUUCUUCUUCAUCUUCUUCUUCAUAGUUAACAAUGUUGAGUGUAAUCCUCAUAAUUACAGAGAAGCAUUGGCAAAGUCAUUAUUAUUCUUUCAAGGUCAACGGUCAGGGAGGCUUCCCCCUCAUCAACAAGUUACUUGGCGCUCUACCUCUGGCCUCUCCGACGGCCGCCUUGCCAAUGUGGAUCUGACAGGAGGCUACUAUGAUGCUGGGGACAACGUCAAAUUCAACUUUCCAAUGGCGUUCACCACAACCAUGUUAUCAUGGAGCACACUUGAAUAUGGCCGAAGAAUGGGCCCUGAAAUCCAAGAAGCUCGAGCUGCGAUCCGUUGGGCCACAGACUACCUCCUCAAGUGUGCCACUGCCACACCGGGUCGACUUUAUGUUGGAGUUGGUGAUCCAAACGUGGACCACAAGUGUUGGGAAAGGCCUGAAGACAUGGAUACAGUUCGAACUGUGUAUUGGGUCUCACCUGACAAACCGGGUUCGGAUGUGGCCGGUGAAACCGCAGCCGCCCUAGCUGCUGCCUCCAUUGUUUUUCGCAAGGUUGAUCCUACAUACUCAAAGAUUUUGUUGAGGACGGCCCAAAAAGUGUUUCGAUUUGCUUUGCAAUAUCAAGGUUCUUAUAGUACUUCACUUGGAUCUGCUGUUUGCCCAUUUUAUUGCUCAUAUUCUGGUUUCAAGGAUGAGCUAUUGUGGGGAGCAGCAUGGCUUUUUAGAGCAACAAAUGCUGUUUAUUAUUAUAACUUGAUAAAGAGUUUGGGAGCCGAUGACCAACCUGAUCUCUUUAGUUGGGACAACAAGUAUGCUGGUGCGCAUGUUCUUCUCUCAAGGAGAGCAUUGCUGAAUCGUGAUAAGAACUUUGAUCAAUACCAACAAGAAGCUGAGAAUUUUAUGUGCCAAAUUUUGCCCAACUCUCCCUCUUCAAGCACCCAAUACACACAAGGAGGGCUCAUGUACAAGCUUCCUGAGAGCAAUCUUCAAUAUGUGACAUCUAUAACAUUCUUGCUCACAACGUAUUCUAAGUAUAUGUCAUUCACAAAGCACACUUUUAAUUGUGGGAAUCUCUUGGUCACUCCAAGUACCUUGAGAAGCCUUGCAAAGAGACAGGUGGACUACAUUCUAGGAGACAACCCUUUGAGGAUGUCUUACAUGGUAGGAUAUGGUCCUUACUUUCCAAAGAGGAUUCAUCACAGAGGAUCUUCCUUGCCCUCACUAGCAACUCACCCUCAAAGCAUAGGUUGUGAUGGCGGUUUCCAACCGUUCUUCCACUCCAUGAGUCCUAACCCUAACAUAUUGGUUGGAGCCGUUGUUGGCGGGCCAAAUCAGAGUGAUGGAUUUCCAGACGAUCGUGAAGAUUAUAGUCACUCAGAACCUGCCACCUACAUCAAUGGUGCCUUUGUUGGACCUCUUGCUUACUUUGCUGGUGCACAUCAGUAGUGAAGUUUUGUCACUGCCUUCACUAGGAGUUGGUCUAUAUGUGCCAACCCAACAAAGAAGAAAAGAUGGAGGCAUAGAAUUUAGGCAAGUGUGUGUGCGUUUGUCCGUUUUUUUUUUUUUUUUAUAUUUACAUAGCUCAUCUUAAUCUCAAAGAUUGAGAUUGGAGCUCAAUGAACUAUCAGAUCAUCGGUGUAGGGUUCUUUUACUUGUAGGAAAAUCAUGAAAUGAUCAAGUCAAUUAUCUCAA